ACGUUAGUGCUGUCUGUCCUGUGAUCAUAGCAGAAAGUGACAAGACAGCUAGAGCAGAGAUCGGGACUUCAUGGGAGGGAGGGUCUGAGUGUGCUGGUUGCUGUGGCAAAGCGGAGAGGGUUAACUGAUGUCUAAACACAGUAUGUAUGAUGGCAGCAGGUGGGCGUAAGCGCUCUGAAGGCUUUCAUUCUGCAUCCCAGUCCCACUUGGACUGGUAGGAGUUACUGGGUAUCAUUCUUAAAUUUCUGGUUUCUUACAAGUUUCUUCCCUCGUUAAGAUUUCUUCUGCAGGACACUCCUUUGAACCUUAGAGCUCAGAGACAACUGGAAGCAAACGUCUUCACUCUGCGAACUUCAGUUUGGGCAUAAAUUCCAGGUUGGCUCCCUAAUAUUAAAGAGAAAAAUGUUGCUAUCGGUGACUUCCAGACCUGGGAUUUCGACUUUUGGCUAUAACAAGAACAACAAAAAGCCAUAUGUGUCAUUGUCUCAGCAGAUGGCACCACCCAGUCCAAGCAACAGUACCCCUAACAGCAGCAGUGGGAACAAUGGAAAUGAUCAGCUGAGCAAAACCAACCUCUACAUCCGGGGAUUGCAACCAGGCACUACUGACCAGGACCUUGUCAAGCUGUGUCAGUCAUAUGGCAAGAUCGUCUCCACUAAGGCCAUACUGGACAAGACCACAAACAAAUGCAAAGGCUACGGCUUUGUGGACUUCGACAGUCCCGCGGCUGCCCAGAAGGCCGUGACAGCACUGAAGGCCAGUGGUGUGCAGGCACAGAUGGCGAAGCAACAGGAGCAGGACCCCACAAAUCUAUACAUAUCAAACCUCCCACUGUCAAUGGAUGAGCAAGAACUGGAGGGAAUGCUGAAGCCCUUUGGCCAAGUCAUCUCCACUCGAAUCCUUCGGGACACCAACGGAACCAGCAGAGGGGUUGGCUUUGCAAGGAUGGAGUCCACAGAGAAGUGUGAAGCCAUCAUCACCCACUUUAAUGGAAAAUAUAUUAAGACACCCCCUGGAGUACCAGCCCCAUCUGAUCCAUUGCUUUGCAAAUUUGCUGAUGGUGGUCCUAAGAAACGACAGAACCAAGGAAAAUUUGUGCAAAAUGGACGGGCCUGGCCAAGGAAUGGAGACAUGGGUGGUAUGGCCUUGACCUAUGACCCCACUACAGCUCUUCAGAAUGGGUUUUACCCAGCUCCUUACAAUGUCGCCCCCAACAGGAUGCUUGCUCAGUCUGCACUCUCCCCGUAUCUUCCGUCACCUGUGUCUUCGUAUCAGAGAGUAACUCAGACAUCUCCUCUACAAGUCCCUAACCCAUCUUGGAUGCACCACCAGUCAUACCUCAUGCAGCCUUCAGGUUCAGUUCUGACGCCAGGGAUGGAUCACCCCAUUUCUCUCCAGCCUGCCUCCAUGAUGGGACCUCUUACCCAGCAACUGGGCCACCUCUCCCUCAGCACCGCGGGCACGUACUUGCCAACGGCUGCAGCUCUGCAGGGAGCUUACAUCUCCCAGUACACCCCUGUGCCUUCUUCCAGUGUUUCAGUUGAGGAGAACAGCAGCCAGCAAAAUCAAGUGACCGUGGAUGCUCCCUCAGACCAUGGGGUCUAUUCUUUCCAGUUCAACAAGUAACAGUGGCCUGGGCCUGAAAAAGAAAUCUCUGCACUCCUGUCCUCUGCUCUUCCUCCCUUCCUGAUGGAGCCUGGGGAGACCGUCACUUUCUGUGUGUGCUACAUUCAAGGAAACCAAAGACACUCCUUUAUGUUUCUUUUGCAAAGAAAGUUUUAUGUUUUGUUUUUAACUGCAGUAUACCCCAAAGAGACAUGGUGCCUGGAGCUUCUUCUCAUCUUUAUGAAAAACACUUUUGAAGUGUUGAACUUAUUUGGGAAAGCUUAAAAAUUUUUCUUUUGUUAUUUCUUCUCUUAAAAAAAAAGAAAGGUGUGGUGCUAGAAUGUUGAAGGGGUCCUACUGUGGGUUGGUUGUGGACUUUCUUUGGUGCGUGUAAGAAAAUAUGCAGAGUUAAAAACUUCUGUUUUAUAAAGCUCUUAACUCAUCCACCCUGUCUUUUCUUCACACAUAUUAUGCCUUUUUCCUCUCAUCCAGAUUUUUCGUCUUCUCUUUUCCAUACAGCAGAACAUGCCUAUUUUACCUUUUUACAGUUUUUAAUUUUGUGAGUUUCUCUUUUGAAUGAAAUUUUCAUAUGGAAUUUUUUAGGGCCGGGCAAGGAACAAGGUAGAACACUAAUCACGCAGUGGAAGUGGUUUUUCUUCCCUCUCUCCUGCCACGUCCUGUGAGAAAAGGCAAGACUUUGUCUUCAGGAAGCAGAGAUGUGGCCUAGGCCCACUAAAGAGACAACCCCACAGCCCUUGGAAGUCAUGCUUGAGCCAAAUAUGGAUGAAGACUAGGUCUUCCCUUGCAAGUUCCAGAAGGGUGGACUUAACUGACUUCUAAUUCUUCUCACUGCCAAGGUCAACACCCCCUGAGGAAGUGUCUUCUCUAGCUACAACUUUUCAAAAAUACCUGCUUUCCUGAUUCCUAGAGGAUCUUCUUACCUGCUCUGCAUCUGGGGGCCCCUCCCUUCCCCAUCACACCGCUGUGCUGGGAGCCUUUGAAGUUGUUCACCUUGCUGAGCCCACUCAGGCUCCUUUCCCACUGUGGACGAUCAGUCACUUCACUUCUAGACUCAUGGUUCUCAAGGAGAUGGUUUUGUCCCCUAGAGGCCAUUUGGCAUUGUCAUGCCUGGGGGUGGAGGCUGUGAGCUACUGGCGUGUAGCGGCUAGAGAUCAGGGAUGCUGCUGAACAUCCUGCAGGGCACAGGGUCCCCAGCACCACCAACAAAGAAUUAUCUGGCUCAAAAUGUCAGUAGUGCCAAGGUCAAGAAAACCUGAUGGAGAUAGUGCUGUCCCUGCCUCCUGGUCAGAGGAUCUGGUGAAUUCCUACUCCAACCCUGGACACACUGCGCCUUUUGAGACUAGUUGAAAGUGACAAAAAUGGAGUCCUUGAAGUUUCCUCUGGCUUUGACCUUUGACACCUCUGCAUACCCUUGAAAGGCUCGUGCUGUUAAAUGCACACACGUCCAGAAGAAUCAAGGUGGGGACUGUUGGGUGUGAGUGCUAUGCAGGUGUGGGCAGGGCAAGCUCUCCAUAACUGUCUGGGGCAGCCUGUCCUGCCUUGGUGUGUUUGGGCCCCUUUGCCAGGGAACCAGUAAUUUUCCUUCUUGUGGAAAGACAGUGGAGCUAGGAUAGAAAAGGGCAAUAAAUCCCAUCUCAUUAUUUACAGUAUCAGGAGUCCUGUUAAAAAAAAAGAGCCUAUAUUUUCUCUUCAACUCAUAUCCUUCUCCAAGUCCUCACUCUAUGCACAUGGAGACAGAGAAGAGAAACCCUUUGCCCAUCUUCUAGGAAAUGAGAUUCUUCACCUGUCUUCUCCCAGGUCCUCCCUUAUACGCUGAGAGGAGAGUUCUACUCCCCCUCACUUCAAGGUCAGGUGCCUUUCCAUCAGACAGACUGAAGACCAGGCGACAGAGACUGGAGAAACAGGUGUUCAUUGGCUGGCUGGCAGGAGUGGAAGGCUAUGACGCUGGGGGAGAGGAAGCUGAUCAGUUAUUGUACAGAGAGCUUGGCCCCAGCUUUCCCUCCCCUCCCACCCAUCCCAGAAUCAAGAUUCCAAAUGUUCCCUGUCCUUAGGCUGUCCUUUUGUACAUCCUGGGGGUGAGCAAGUAGGGGAAAAUGGGUAGGAUAUAAAGAACAAAAUUGCCACUAUUCGUUUUCUCAUAGGCACUUCUGUCCUCAGGGAGGUCUCAUCCAAAAUAAAACAGACCCAAGCUCACAAUAACCUAAAACAGUUUAGCUGGGCAGGUAGCUCAUUUCCUACUUAAGGAGAGUAUGUUGUAGAUUUGUCAGUGGCUUUGAGGAAAACAAAUCUAGAAUCCUGCUCAUUUGACAGCAGCUUGGAGGAGCCUUACUGUGUGAGGCGAAGUGCAGUGGGGACCUUCCACACGUGGACACUGCUGAUGUCACUGCUGCCUGCUCUGCCUCCCAGGACUCCUGAUUCUAUGUCUCUGUAUUUGAAGAAAUGUUUCAAUUUCCAUGACUUCACUUUGUUAAAUUCUGAAAUUAGCUAUUGUGUGUUCUCACGUGAAUCUACUUAAUGAAUUCUGUUACGUUUCUGGCUUAGGCAGGGUUGGCUGGGCAUGGGAAGUGAUGGGGAGUGUGAAGUCAUUUUAGUAGUGAUUAAUGGCACUUUGGAACUUCUUUUUUUGGUAUUUUGGGGUUACACUCAUAUUUUUGCCUGGUUGUUAGUUCAUUUCUAACAAUUCAAACAUGAGUGAGUGAUUGGAUAAAGGAGAUGGAAGGAAUGAGGGAUACUGUUUCUCUCAUGAAAUAGCCUCAUGGUGGUAGGAGGAUUGUAGGGGAUCCUUCAACCUCAGCCUAGAGCUGGGCUCUUCAAACAUUACUGCCUAGUGCCUUCUCACUUGUCUUUACGGAGCCCAGAUGAUAGUUUCUCUGCACAUGUCAUCUCAUUCCCACCCAUUACAUAUGCUCCUGACAUUCUUAAAAUAUUCUGAUACUUUGUAUUUUUGUUUUCCGGUCAAAUAGAAAUACUCAAACACCUUCCUCAAAUGUUAGUCCUUAACUAGGCUGCGAGCCUGCCUGACCCACCCCAUGCCAGUGUUACUCCGGUUCCUCUCGCACUGAGAUGAUGUGGACGUUAGGCUGACUAGACUUUUUGCAGAGUAUGGGUAGAGGUUAGGGAAGAUGUGGGAAUGAUGGUGGGGAAAAAUGUUAUUUUUUAACCAAAGAAUUUGAACGUCUGCCCAGAUUGGAAGCCUGGUGGCUCUGAAGCAGUGGCCCUUGUGAUAGAUAGGGGUGGUAGGAAGACAUUAACUUGUACUGGGUGUGAAAACUACAAUAGGUUUUGCUAUGCUGCAGGCCAUCCCUGGGCUGGGCCACUUCUGCCCAGUUUCAUUUCCCCUCAACUUACAGAGCAGUGAGGUCAUUCACCGGCUUGGUACCUGCAGUGCUCACUCCCUGUGGCUUCAGUGCCAACUCUUCAGGGGCUGACAUGUGGGUUGGCACUUUGCAGCACAAAGGUGCUGUGAGAGGCCUUGCUGGAAUGCAAUUUAUUCCUGGACAGAAAUCUCGUUGUAGGGGGGGGUGGUCGGCGAGGGGGGGGAAAUACCACUGCAGCUCUUACACAUGUGCUCCACCUUCUGGAAGAGCAGCAGCAUUGCAACUGAGGCUACUUGACCUUAUCAAAGGACAAUAAACAGGGAUGGGUAAUCAGGUCUAAACUUGUCCCCAGGCUUUGAUACAUUAGCUUCAGAGAAAAGGGUGGGUUUUAUGAAAGCCAAUCUGUAAGGGCUAGGACCUAUAUCUUGUGUCUUGUCAUACCGAUUCUUCCCAAUUUCUACUUAAGCCAACUACUCCAUUUCUGUGCUUACCUGCAUUUUAGGUCCUUCCAGGUAUUAGCAGGCCCCUCAUAUUCACUCAGCUUUCACCCCUUCCUUUCAUAGGAGGAACUAGGGCAUAAGCACCUGGUUUACAUCUUUCCUUUAUGACUUUCAUGAGGGUUAGAAAGCUGGGGGCUGGAAAGGUUCACGAUCAGGUGCAAAAGCUCUUUUGGUUGUUUCUGGUUACCCCAGAAUAGUGUGAACUCUUCCAUUAGGCCUUGCUGUGGUAGGCCAGGGGAUAAACCGUGGCCUAUCCCAGCCUGGCCUAGGAUAUUAACUAAUGCUUGGAAGUCACCCCCAGGAAUACCAACAAUGGAGCAGAGCUCAGAACUUAAGAGGAUGAAUUGGCCAGUGGCUGCCAUGUAGCUGAGAAGGUAAGCAAGCACCAAAGAGGGCAUUUGUGAUUUUCAUAGGCUGGAAGUAGAUGUUCCUUCUCCAUCUUAUUCCAGUUAAGGUUUAGAGGGUUCACCAAAAUCAAAUUUCUAGCCUAGAGGGUGAUAAGAUUUUCCAGCCCAAGCAAAGAAAGCCCUCACCCCAUUACUGGUGUCCUGUCCCACAACACACGGUUUUUGGGUGGUGAGUGCUCUCUUGUAUGCACUUACCACCUUGGACAAGAAAAAAGUUUAAUUUAUAUUCAAGCACAUUUUGUACAUUCUUCCCUUUAUCCAGAGGCUUCUAGUUCUAUGCCAAUGCCACCCAUCUAGCUUAUUCUUCCUUUUCUGACCCUUGGUUUUCUCAUGUUCCUUCCCUACAAUUUGACAGAGCUUCAUUUUGUCUUAUUCAACCUUUGUUUUGAAAUAAAACACAAACAUCUA